AUCCGUAAACACUGAAUUAGCAUUAGCAAUGUGGCAGUUAGCCGUCUUUCCUCCUGUUCUUCCGUUGUAUUUAAUCACGUAAAUCGAGAUGUCUCAAGCGGCUCCCUCAUGCGGCCAAAAUUCUAGCAAUGCUCCGGUGGGCAGCGAAGCGAGUGAAGCUGUCGUCAAGGAGGCUACAGAUGUCCAACGUGUUUUAAAGGAGGUGGGACUCACAAGCACCGCCUUCAUUGGUCCCACCUGCCCCCCAGAGAAGAACAUUGACGACUCGCUGAGUGAGUUUUACAAAGAGCUCCAAGCCAUUGACGGGCAAGCUGAGAGGGAACAGGACGCUUUCGUCCAACCGGAAACAACAUCAACAAGCAAACCUCCAGAAAAGGACGGGGCCACAAUUAAACCCCGAGAAAAACCUCCAGAGGACGUAAGGAGACGUCCAGAAAAGCAUCAUUUUUGGCCUCACUGGUACAAAAACCAUCCAUAUUCCACUCCGAGGCCUGACAACUCAACUUCUUGGAAUCAUCUUCCAUAUUAUCCUCCUCCAACCUUCCACCAGCCACCAGAUCGCAGAUCCUUCCACGAAUUCCGCCAGCCUUCUUUCCUAAAUCCGCCCCGUUUCCCUCCACCCCGCCACGGGCAUCCCACCAGUGACCAGCACUAUCCGCCUCGAUUCCCGCCGUUCCCCAGGUUCACGGCGGCCCCUCAUCAUAACCAUCACAACAGGACUGAUGACGAUGGCGAAGGUGGCGGUGGCGGUUAUGAUGCCGGUUGGUCCCGGGACGCACCGCCAUGUCAUUUUGAUGAAGAUGAAGCCCGGCGACAGCAUUGCCACCGACUCUUUGAUGAAUCUUCGUCUUUGGUGCUCAUCCUCAUGAGAGGACUACCGGGCUCGGGCAAAACAACAAUGGCGAGGGAGUUGCUGUUGUCCGGUCCCAGCGGCCUCAUCCUCAGCACAGACGACUACUUUGCCCACAAUGGCGGAUACCGCUACGAGCCGGGCCUUCUCGGAGAGGCGCACAAGUGGAACCACAGAAGAGCUAGCGACGCCAUGCACGACGGCCACUCUCCCGUCAUCAUCGACAACACCAACCUGCAGGCCUGGGAGAUGAAACCUUACGUCCAAACGGCCCUACAGAGAGGAUACCGAGUGGACUUUUGUGAACCAAACACCAGCUGGAAGUAUGAUCCCUGGGAACUGGAGAAGAGGAACAAGCACGGCGUGCCUCAAGAGAAGAUCGUGCAGAUGCUGGAUCGCUUUUCGUACCCCAUCUCGGUGGAUGUGGUGUUGAGUUCGCGGGAGCCGCAACACGUCCAGCAGGGGCGCCAAACGGAGCCCAGGAAAGACACCGCCUCGUUCAGAUACUAAAACCAGGGUUUCGCUGACGACAGUUUUUUUUAAAGACACACUCAUUUGCUCUUUAAAAGCAAGUGUUUUCAUACAGCUUUUGUAAAUUGACGUUCUCUCCUUUUUAUAACAUGAAUUAAUGAUGUCUUGCAUUUGUUCAAGGCAAUGUGAUUCAAGCUCUAUUUUUUCAAUGAAAACAAGAUGACAGUCAAAGUCAGUUUGUUCUCACUGUUUUUGAAUCCAUGAAAGGCUUUGACUUUU